AUGUGCCAUCCAACAUGUAUGGACUACUCAAUCUUCAAGAUGGCUAUUAAUGAAUGGCCACAGAGUCUAGAUGUAUGGAUGGUUUAUGCAAAAUUCUCAGCAAUUUACCCAGAAUUAACACUUAACCUCGUUUUCAUCGAUCAAAACAUUACAAUGCUUAAGUUUCGAAAUAGCCUAUCCCAAUUAGUUACAAAGAGCAUUGCGCAAAUCAUAAAUACAAGAGAAUCAAAAUUUACGCCCGAAAUCAAGAGCAAAAUCGCCAAACUUACCAAACAAUUCUCCAGAACAAAGAACAGACUGCGUAACAUCUGGGAUUUGCUUUUACAAGGCUCCACGACCGAAUUAUCAAAUUCAAUUCAAACAGCACAGAAAUACGUCAAAGAAUCCGAACAAGAAAUCAAUCAUCUUAUGACUCUCUACCCAAACAACAAGUUUGUUGCAAGAACACAUGCAAAAUUCCUGUUUGAAAUCAAAAGUGACUUAAUUUCCUACAAAAAGAAAAAUGACGAGAUCGUAAAGCUCCAACGCGGCAUCAGAAUCACUCCAGACGUUGUCCACGAGCUCGGCGUCCUCUCUUUCCCUUGUAUUCCCGAUUGUGCCAUCGAAAUUCAAGAUUCAUCCGCGAAAACACAGACACAGAUUGAAAAUACCGAAUCAUUCAAUUUAGAAGAGAAUUCAUUGGACGAUGACGUGAAUCUUGAAGCAAUAAAUACAAUAAUCCGCCAAAUACAAAACCAAAAAGUGCCAAGCGUCACUUUUAUGUAUUUUUCCACAUUAUUUUUAUUAUUUUUUUCUGUUUUGGCACCAUUGAUUGCUUAUUUAGUUUGGUUCCAGUUUUAUUUAUAUGAUCUGAAGCAGCCAAUUAAUUACAUGCAUGGAAUAAGUUACAUGAGAAAUCUGGUGAACAUGAUACCGAGUUUUUCAGGAAAAUUAUUGUUACAAGAGAUGCCGAAAGAAGAUGGCACAAAUUACUUGAAAGCCGCGAAAUUUCUACCUGGAUUCACUACGGAAUCAUUUGGCGGAUAUAGUAGUACACGUGAUAUUGUUACUUUUCUUUCCAUGAGUGUUGGAACAGCGAGUGAAAUCAUUUCUCCUUUGAGAAAUUACAAAUUUGGAAAUGAAAAUAUCGAAAAAGUGAGAAAUUCGAUUUUUUCAUCAAAUUUGGAUUUCACUUAUUACAUGAACACUACUAAUUAUAUUAAAACAAAAGUAUCCGCUGUACAAAUCUCUUUUAUGUUAGCAAGUACAGCAGGAAAAUUGCUGAAUAAUGAAAAGAUAAAUCCUGAAGUUGCGAAAUCUCCUGAAUCAAUAACUUUGAGACAUAAUAAUCAAAUUAUUACAGAAGCAGCAAACGAAGCAAUGAAUAAUAUGAUAUUGUUUAUAUAA